GGGGGAAACCAUGAGCGCCCGCAAUUUUUGAAUUCGCACGAACGGCCGAUCUGGAGAGGGAGUAACCGUAGAAAUAAAAACGAAAGAAAUACUGCUUGCUAGCUUGGAAAAUGGAAGAGGAAGAGGAAACAAUGUUUCUUGACGUUGAAACAGAAUCUCCGGAAACAAAAUUCAAGAUAGUAUCUUCAAAACAAAAGGUGAAAUGCCAACGACUUCCAAAGAACAUUAAAAAGAGUCUAGAAUCCAAGAUCCAUUGGACAAUAAUAGCUAUUCUCUAUGAAAUUACACAAGAUUACAAUGAAACUGAAAAGCACUUGAAUAUCCUCAAGGAAAGGCUUCUGAAAUGUAUUGCAACUUUGGAAGUUCCUGUGGAUGAGCUGAAUUAUCUGAGCAAUGUACAAAAGGUUCUAAAAGAAGAAAACAAAAAGUAUAUUUUAAUGGAAGAAGGAUUGCAGCAUCUGGAGGAAGAAAUAACCAAAGAUGUCUCAACAUUACAUACAGUGGAUGAAAAAGUGCAAAUACUUCAAAAGAAAAUAAAAGCAUUAAAACAUGAGCUGGCAACAUUAGAAACAGAAGCAGAUGAGUUAUUUCAUAGAGAUGCUAAACAUGACCUAGGUCUUCCUGGUCUUUCAGUGGAAUAUUUCAAACUACCUACUCUUCAGAAUGAGAUUUUGAAGAUUGGAAACCCACACGCUCUUCUUGAUGACAUGAAUAUCAUUCAGCAAUCAGAUGAGAUGAAGAAUAUGAUGGGAUUUCUAGAACAAUUAUAUGAAAAGGCAGACCAUCGAUGUACAGAAGAACAAUGAAGUAGCCUAUAUCUUUAGUUCCUUUCGUCUUCCAAGGAAAUAUUUGAAAGAAAUAGUUUCCCUAACAUGAUUUGCAUUCUGCAAUUCUCCAGUGACAUUGUGAAAAUUUUGGAUGUAAUUAAGAAAAUAUAAUCUAUGAUUUUAUUCGGGUAAAGAUAUCAAGAGAUAGACUUUUCACUAACAAGCUAAUCCCAUUCUUUUGACUAACUACCAUUAAGAUUUGAUGCAAAACUCUUCAUGUUGACAAAAUAAAUUUUUAAAAGCCUUUGGGACUAGUAUUCCACAUAAGGGGUUGUAGUUUCUUUUUGAAUAUGCUAGUGUAAUUUAGCUGCAAGGAGAUCUGAUGCUUGAGAAACAUGUACAAAUGCAGAUAACAACAUUUAAUUACUUCAUUGGCAAGCUGAUUUAAGCAUAAACAAGUUUUCACUAGAGACUUACGGCUCAGUUAAACUCUGAGCUAAUGAGCAACAAGUUUCUGGCUCUGAAAAAUCAAAGAGUAGCAGUUUAUUUUUCCCCUGGAACUGGAUAUUUGUCAUCUGCAAAUUUUUGUGGAUGUGGGUAAAGAAUAUAAGCUGCUUACUUAGGAGGCUAAUGCUCCAGGAUUCUUAAAUAUGUUUUUUUUCUUUCACUCUUUCUUUCACCUGUAGUUGCAGAGUAUUAUACAGCAGGUUAAGGUAUCUUUCUUCACUUGGAAUUGUAUCUGAGAAAAAGAGAAUGAGAGUCAAAACAACACUAUGCUCAACCAGCAUUAUUAUUUUUUGGGAACCUAUAAUACUUAAAUUUCUAGAUCUUAAAUGGAAAAAGCAGUUGCUUCUUCCAUUUUUGUCUUUAGAAAUAGGUCUAGGGGGGAAAGGUGGUAUUAGUUUCAAGAAAGAUUAAUCAUGUCAUUCUUUUAAACUGUUGUUGAAUGAGUUGCUCACUUGGCCACCAAAGGUAAGUCUUUACUCCUUCCAGAUGGUGGUGGGAGAAAAUCUUUAAAAUGGACUGGGCUUAUUGUGUUGUUCUCUCUUUAGAUAUCAGGCAAUAUCAUUAGUUGCUUCAAGUAUCCCGGUUAAUACUGAACAUUAAGAUGUCCAAUCACAUCUAAUGAAAAUGAUAAUUUUAUUUUUAUAUUUAAAAAGAUCAAUCUUGUAUAUAAUCAAGCAAUAGACCUGCUAUUGGCUGUUGCCUGUCCUUUGAAGUAUAAUUGGUUCUCAUGGAUAUUGAAAUUAAUACUUAAAAGUAGGAGAAGCCUAAAUUUGAACUAUUUUAAUUAUAGAGUAUCAUUCUUCACUCAGAUUACCAUUGAAAGAAAAUAAUACCUGAUUCUCCUUGGAUUUAAGAACAAGAUUAGGGGAUAAUUCUCUUUCUCAGGGUUGUAUUUCUCUCUGUUAAUUUUUAAGGGAUAUUCGCUUUUGGAAAAUAAGAUAAAUUUCUGUAGUUAUCACCUUGGCCUAGAUAUCCUUUUUCCUUUUUUUGAGAGAGUUGUAUAUAUUAAAAAUAAACAUGCUUUUUUGAUACAGCCCUAAAGAAUACUGUGUUGUCAGUGAGGUAAAGAGCCAAGGUGGCACCGUGGUUAGAGUGCAUUACUGCAAGCCAGCUGCAGUUUGGCAAUUCAAAUCUCAC